CGUUAUCACGAGCAGCGCGUCGGCCGUCGAUCACCGAUCCCGAUUCCCGACAUUUCGUGAACACUGAACAUUGCUGUCUGCUGUCGUUGUGCAUUGUAAAUUGUAAUAUUUCCAUUUCGCGCAACUCCGUUCACCAUCGAUCGUGUCUGUUAGGUAUUAUAUCGAUAUUGUCACUGGUCACGACGUUGCCUUUUGAAUUUUAGAACAUUUGCUAAAAACUGCCAUCAACAACCGAAUUCCAUACACUCGAUCAUACUUAUACUAAUAUACAUAGAAAUAAGAUAAAGAAAUUAAUCGUCACCCGCUCUACUGCCUACAAGCAGUACACGCUGGUCUAAUAUCGUUCCGUGCCCAAAGAAACUAGCCUGUGUGGUGUCUGUGCCGGUGGACCAACGGCGCUUACAAUGGAGGCAUUGAUUCCUGUCAUCAACCGAUUGCAAGAUGUGUUCAACACUGUCGGUUACGAUGCCAUACAGCUUCCUCAAAUUGUGGUUGUCGGAUCGCAGAGUUCUGGUAAAAGUUCUGUAAUAGAAAGUAUUGUUGGUAGAUCAUUUUUACCCAGAGGUAUUGGAAUCGUUACUAGAUGUCCUUUAAUUCUUCAACUUGUCAACUGCCCUUUGACUGAUAAGGAACACAGAAGUUCUGAAAAUGGUACGGUUAAUUUGGAAGAAUGGGGUGAAUUUCUGCAUUGUAAAAAUAAAAUUUUUAAAGAUUUUAAUGAAAUACGAGAAGAAAUUCAAUCUGAGACUAACAAGGUUGCUGGCAGUAAUAAAGGAAUAUGUCCCGAACCUAUUAGCCUGAAAAUAUAUUCCAUACACGUAUUGAAUUUAUCACUCGUAGAUUUACCUGGAAUAACUAAAGUUCCUGUGGGUGACCAACCAGAAGAUAUUGAAUCUCAAGUGAAAAAUUUAGUUGUCAAGUAUAUUCAAAAUCCUAAUUCAAUCAUUUUGGCAGUAAGUACUGCUAACACAGAUAUGUCAACUAGUGAAAGUUUGAAGUUAGCCAAAGACGUAGAUUCCGAAGGAAAGAGAACUUUAGCUGUAAUUACUAAACUUGAUCUAAUGGAUGCAGGUACUGAUGCUGUUGAUAUAUUAUGUGGUCGAGUGAUUCCUGUUAAACUAGGAAUAAUUGGUGUUGUUAAUCGAUCACAACAAGAUAUAAAUGACAAUAAGUCAAUUUCUGAUGCUCUAAAAGAUGAAUCUACUUUCUUGCAAAGAAAAUAUCCUUCAUUGGCAAACCGAAAUGGAACUCCAUACUUAACUAAGACACUUAACAGACUUUUAAUGCAUCAUAUUCGAGAUUGUUUGCCAAAUUUAAAAACAAGAGUGAAUGUUAUGGUUUCACAAUUUCAAUCACUUUUAUAUUCUUUUGGUGAUGAUGUAACAGAUAAGAGCCAAACACUGUUGCAAAUCAUUACAAAAUUUGCUGCAGCAUAUUGUUCAACAAUUGAUGGUACUUCUAAGAAUAUCGAAACAACUGAACUGUGUGGUGGUGCUCGAAUAUGUUAUAUAUUUCAUGAGACGUUUGGCAAGGUUUUGGAUUCUAUUCAUCCUCUGACUGGUUUAUCCAAAAUGGAUGUGUUGACUGCCAUCCGGAAUGCCACAGGGCCAAGACCCGCAUUAUUUGUCCCAGAAGUAUCUUUUGAGUUGUUGGUAAAAAGACAAAUACGCCGACUAGAAGAACCAUCUUUACGAUGUGUAGAACUUGUACACGAAGAAAUGCAGCGUAUGAUUCAACACUGCGGAAUUGAGUCACAACAGGAAAUGAUCAGAUUCCCUAAGCUCCAUGAAAGCAUUGUAGAUGUUGUUACACAGUUAUUGCGUAGACGUUUACCUACAACAAAUGCAAUGGUUGAAAAUUUGGUGGCUAUUGAACUUGCAUACAUAAACACUAAGCACCCAGAUUUUCAUAGAGAUGCAGAACUCGUAUCACUCAUGAUGAAAAGUGCUGAAGAAGACGAAUUUUCAAGACAACGCAUGUUGAGAAAAUACAAUGUGAACAAUUCUGUUACUGGAUGUGAUAGAGAUAGUGUCGCAAGCACAGGAUCAAUGAAGAAAACACCAAGACAGCAUCAAGCUGACAUGAACGGUGAAAUGAAUUCUGUUGAAUCAUCUCCAGCGACAACACCAGUGCAUCAAGUGCAAAAUGAAAUGAGUGGGCCUUCGAGUGUAGUCAGCAAUUUUAACAGCAUGGAUUUGCAGAGUCCAUCAAACAGAAACUUAUCUGAGAAAGAACUACGUGAUUGUGACGUAAUUGAAAGAUUGAUCAAAUCAUAUUUCUACAUUGUCAGAAAAUCUAUUCAAGAUAGUGUUCCAAAAGCUAUAAUGCACUUUUUAGUGAAUUUUGUGAAGAACUACUUGCAAUCAGAACUAGUAACACAUUUAUACAAAUCCGAACAAGUAGAAGAGUUACUUAAUGAAUCUGAACAUAUAUCUAAUCGCAGAAAAGAAGCCAUCGAUAUGCUUAAGGCCUUACAGAAUGCUAACAACAUAAUUAGUGAGAUCCGUGAAGUGCAUGUCUGGUGAACAUGUCAAGAUUUAACGUGUAGUAUAUAGUUUUUAAAUAAAUCCCCACUCAGUACAUUGUUACGAAUCCGCCAUUAUUAUUACUACUAUUAUUAUAUUAUUAUUAAAUGUAAUGUACGGACCAAAAUAACCUAGUACAUACUAUGGGGUACCAUUAGUGUUUAAUUCAAUCCCUCCCCCCCCCCACAAUGAUGUCUUAACGUGCGUAAGUUAUUACUUUCUACUAUGAAUAAAAAUCAUCCUUACACUUUUCAUGUACAUAUAAUUACAAAAGAUCAAUAAAAACUUAUUAGGUAUGAAAUUAUUGUAUGCUUCAAAUGUAGAAACUAGAACUAGACAUUUUUUUUUUGUCCAUAGUUCCAUCAGCUUUUUUUUAUUUGUUGAUGAUUUCAACAUGAAAUGCAUUUAUAAUAUUAUGUAUGGUUUUUAUUCUACAAACAGUAUAAAAAAAUAUUUUAACACCUUUUAGUUUGAUAUUUAAAUUUAAUCUAUAAUACUGUAUUAAUAAUUAUGAAACAAAAAAACUUAUGUUUAAAAACAUUAUUUAUUCAUAUGUGGUAU